AUGUUUUCAAGACUCUUCUCAAGAAGAAAUGAAUUGCAGUGGACACUCAACCCUAAAAGGUACACAGAAAAUAAAGCAGAGCAUCAUUCUGGUAAGAUAUUCUUACCACAGAUAUGUUUGGUUACUUUAAUAUCUAAACAAGUAGAUACACCGUACAUAUUUAAAAUAUCAGCGAAUGACAACAUAUCCUACACGCACGUGGGUGUACAGGAAUUUAUAGACGAACCGGAUGAAGCUAUCCUGCCUAAUUGGUUAUACGAUCAAUUAGCACUGGAUGGAUCACCUGUUGAAAUAACGUACGUAUCACUGCCCAAAGGAGAGUUUAUUAGACUACUACCGCAGAGCAAAGACUUUCUGGAAAUAGAAAACCCAAAGGCAUCACUUGAGGAUUCACUAAGAAAUUACCAAGUGUUAAGUGAAGGGGAUACGAUAUCUUUAUACAUAGAAAGUGAAUUUAAGCCUAUUUUAUUCACUGUUGCAGAAAUAAAACCAAAAGGGCCUGGUAUAAAUAUAAUAGAUACUGAUUUAGAGGUAGAUUUCCUUCCACCGACUGAUUAUAUUGAAGAUAAAUUAGAUGAUUCUUCUUCUCUCAUGAACAUAACCGAUAACGAGACAAUUUCAAUUAAUGAUCCAUUUUUUACUAAUACAGCAAAAGCACUUGGAGUUGUUUUCAGAGAAGAAUAA